UAACGUCGGCCAAAACAGGAUCAUCCUGUUAUAUUAAGUAAAUGGUUCCAUCUGCGUCUUUCUUGAGAAGUGCAGGAGUUCAGGUGUAGUUUUUAGCCCAUUCACGUGCAUUAUUCCCUGCACGACCUACUUCUGUUUAAUUGGAUAAGCAUCAGGCUCUACCUAGAGAGAGAGAGAGAGAGAGAGAACGAGAGAGAGAGAGAGAGAGAGAGAGAGAGAGAGAACGAGAGCGAGGCCGGCUGGACCCGCAAACCGUUAUCCACCUGAAAAUAAAGCGUUCAUAGAAUCUGCACAUUCCUCGCUGACGUCACGGCGGAUGGAAUAAUAGAACACGCGUCGCGUCUCGCGCGAAACAAGCCGUCGCGCUCUUCUGUCGCGAUGUUACAAAGUGCAGCGCUACUUUGGUAAAUUUCCUCGCGACAGCGCUACACGCACGGAAUGUCCCACGGAAGCGCAGGCGAACAACAGGUGGAUUCCGAGGCCAAUCCAGACCUGGAAGUAGCCAUACUUCUGUGUCUCCCCGCCCCUGUGAGUAACCAUAGCAAAGACACCGUAAAAUCCAGCGUACCGGAAAGAAACUGAAGAACACGCUCGCGAUAUGGAUCGUUUCAGCGGUGACGCGACAUUGGGAGCAUUACGGACAAGAUUCACUCAAACGGUUCGUUCGGAAAUAUGACACUUCACGUCUGAUAUCGUCUUCUGAUACGCAGAGGCUGUUUUAUUUCUGUCCCAAGAGAGUGUUUGUGGACUUUGGGAGUUAUCAUGCCUGUCAGUAACGGAUCGAUGAUGGAUUUGCCCUCGGAAUAUGUGAAAGUAAAGGCGCAUUACGGAGGGGACAUGCUGAUAUCUGACUUGGAUUUGGCCAUGACUUACACGGAGGUGUGUGAGGAGGUCAGAACAAUGUGUGGAGUCAGAAAGGAGAUGCCAAUUACACUCAAGUGGAUUGACGAUGAAGGAGACCCGUGUACCAUCUCAUCCCAGAUGGAGCUGGAGGAAGCAUUUCGGAUCUACAACCGGAACCGGCGCUCUGGACUCCUUUUGCAUGUGUUCCCGAGCAUUCCCGAAAAGCCUGGUAUGCCGUGCCCAGGAGAAGACAAAUCGAUCUACCGCCGUGGAGCUAGACGAUGGAGGAAGCUGUACCGGGUGAACGGACACCUCUUCCAGGCCAAGCGCUUUAACAGGAAAGCGUACUGUGGCCACUGCAGCGAGAGGAUAUGGGGACUGGGGCGUCAGGGCUACAAGUGUAUCAACUGCAAGCUACUGGUCCAUAAACGCUGUCACAAGCUCGUCCCACUGACCUGUCAAAGGCAUAUGGAUCCAGUCAUGCCAUCACAGGAGCCGUUGGUAGACGAUGAUAAAAGUGGAGAGGAAGUGGAGCUCCCCCCUGAGGACCCUGAGGAAACAGACGCAAUCCCUUUUUUUUCAGGACACAACCGGAAAGUGGACAAAGCUGAAGAUGACACGGAGGAUCUGAAGGCAGUGGUGGACGGUAUCGAGGGGAUUCAGAUCUCUCAGGGGCUCGGUCUGGGGGACUUUGACCUGAUCCGGGUGAUUGGGAGGGGCAGUUAUGCUAAGGUGCUGCUGGUCCGACUCAAGAAGAACGAACAGAUUUACGCCAUGAAGGUGGUGAAGAAAGAGCUGGUCCAUGAUGAUGAGAAGAAGAGAAAGGACAUUGACUGGGUCCAGACAGAGAAACACGUUUUUGAACAAGCAUCAACCAAUCCAUUCUUGGUGGGACUUCACUCUUGCUUUCAGACAGAGAGCCGGCUGUUUCUAGUGAUCGAGUAUGUGAAUGGAGGAGAUCUCAUGUUUCAUAUGCAGAGGCAGCGGAAGCUUCCAGAGGAACAUGCCAGAUUUUAUGCUGCUGAAAUUUGCAUCGCUCUCAAUUUUCUGCAUGAGAAGGGCAUUAUUUACCGGGAUUUAAAACUGGACAAUGUACUAUUGGACCAGGAUGGCCAUAUCAAAAUUACAGACUAUGGCAUGUGCAAGGAGGGAAUCAGACCAGGUGACACUACCAGCACAUUCUGUGGGACGCCCAACUACAUCGCCCCAGAGAUCUUGAGGGGGGAGGAUUACGGGUUCAGUGUAGACUGGUGGGCUCUGGGCGUGCUCAUGUUUGAAAUGAUGGCAGGCCGAUCUCCCUUUGACAUCAUCACUGACAAUCCUGAUAUGAACACAGAGGAAUAUCUCUUCCAGGUCAUUUUGGAGAAGCCGAUACGGAUUCCCAGGUCAUUGUCUGUUAAGGCUGCGAGCGUGCUGAAAGGCUUUCUAAACAAGGACCCAAAAGAGAGGCUGGGAUGCCAAGUUCAGACCGGAUUCACAGACAUCAAGUCUCAUACAUUCUUCAGAAGCAUAGACUGGGACCAGUUGGAACAGAAGCAGGUGACGCCACCGUUCAAACCUCAGAUCACAGACGACUACGGUUUAGACAACUUUGACACGCAGUUCACCAACGAACCCGUGCAGCUAACACCAGACGACGAGGAUGUGAUAAAGAGAAUAGACCAGUCUGAGUUUGAGGGAUUCGAGUACAUUAAUCCUCUGCUGCUCUCCAAUGAAGAAACUGUAUGAGGGAAGAACAAUACGGCUGAUGUUUCUCUGCCUGCGGCUCCACAAGACUACUACAGCUGAGUUUAACUCAAACUCAGACAUGUGUCACACAGAAGAACUUUUCCUUAAAACUGUGUUAAAGACAAAAAGCAACACUAAGACUUCAAGUUUUGGACCCUGCUUGAGAUAUUUUGGGGUUACACUGGAAGACGAAAUGACUGGAGGACCUUCAGAAAACAAACUCAGAACUUUUCCCCAAAUUUCAGCUGUUGAUUGUCUUCCUGCUUCCCAGCAUCCUCUUUAAUUUUCACGCCCAUGUUUAUGUGUGCGCGCGCACUGUUGCCUGGGACUCUAGUUAGUUCCUUCGAUGUGUGCCUGCGUCCAUCAGAGACUACAUUUCCCAUCAACCAUAGCUAAAUAUGACUAACUUAAUGUGCACUUUUUAUUUUGUUUGAUUCCUUUUUUUUUUUCUUUAAUCUUGUAUGAGGCUCGUCCUCAAGCGAAACAAGAAUGUAUAAUGUUUAAAGAUAAAAAAGGAAAAAAAAAAAAAUGUUGUAUUAUAGUGUAGGUAGCCAAUCGAAGAAUUUAUGAUGCCUUCUAUGAUGCAAAGUGGCACAUUUUAAUUCAUGACCAUGAUGGUUUCAUCCACAGUGGGUAGCUGUGCUUCAAACCGCAAGCUUUUAACCGCCCAUGUUGUAUUUACAGAGUAAAUGGGAGAUAAAAAUGUGUUUUUUGAAGAAGUGCCUCAAAGAUCCAAAAUUCACCAUGCUCCAAACUGCUCUUAACUCCAUGUUAGAUUGGAGUUGGUUGCACCAUCCAAUGAGAAAGUGGGCUGCAGGUGUUAUUAUUAUUAUUUUUUUUUUACAUAACACAAACACACUGAUGCAUAUGUUGAAAUAAAACAUUAAAGUUAGACACUGAAUGAUCACAGAUACAUCAGACCAGCAGCAAUAUAACCAACCUAGGUUUAUUGGAAAAACGUUCCUCUAUCCAUGUUUUUGCGCAAAUUAUGGUUUUGGGGCAGAUUACUAAUUUAUAAGGAUUUUUUUUUGCACACUUCCUUGCAUGAUACUUUACAACCUCGAAACACAGUACGGUGCAUGAUUUGUAAUACAUUUUAAAAUUUGCACCACAUGACCUGCUCCAUACGUAUGGUUUUUCCACACGCUAAACUUGCUCGGUAGCUCACCCGGUACAGCAUUGCACUAGUCUUAGACGUGUAGAAGCUAGCUAAAAUCACAUAUUUGCUUCAUUUAUAUCUAGGGUGAGUAUGUUGUCCUCGAAUGCGAUUAGAGAAUUAAUCUCAGUUUUAUUUACGAACCACUACAUUCCAAAAAAAAACAAGCAACGUAAAACGCUGCCAGAUUUACGUUCAUCUAUCUCACGUAAAACAUUUCAUGUUGAGUGUGACGAAAUCAUAAUAUCAUUUUGCAUAAAUGUCGCCAUGGGGCACGUUUUUUUCCAAUGAGCCUGGGUUUAAUAUUACAGUAGAAUUUAACACAAACGCACACUGUAUUACAAAAAUGGCCGCGCCUCUCUCUGAUAAGAGGGUUUUGUGUCGUUGUACUCAUGUUGGUCUGUCAAUAACGUACUGUCUGAGACAUUGUGGAGAGCGAGAGAACACAAACAAGUGUUUGUACGUUAUGUCGCGGUAAAAUUGUGCAACAGUGAUGUGACUGAAUCUCAGAUGACCUAAACGCACGGUGCGAGCAGUCAUUGCAGUCGCUUAAAUUGAACCCAAUGCAACACUUAAUAUCAAACACAGUUAGCGCAGAAUGCUAAUCUUGUAUCAUUCGGUGGCCGCUUGUUCAGAAUGGAGUUCUUACUGUACUUGUAGAAUAUACUGUAUUCUGUCUACUAUUUUUAUUAAUAGUAGGUGAACGCUUUUCAGACAUUAGCAAACUACACUGUCACGUUACCUUGUGAUGUUGCAUAUAAGCGACUGAUAUUUAGUAUUUAAAAAAAACUAUUUUGUGUAAAAAUGCUGUGAGUGUUUACAGUAUAGCGAGACAGGAAAAAAAAGAAAGAGUUGGAAAUGGAAGAUCAAGUUGUGUGUAUUGCAUUGUGGGAUAUGUUAUUCUGCGCUGUGUGUGUCUUGGCAAACGUAGUAGGUCAUCUGGGUAUCCCAUGCAUACUGUGCACAGUAUACGUACUGCAGAGAUCGUGAGAGUAGCAUGUUAAUAGUACACUUCUACACGCAACUAAACCGUCAUGUCUAUUUAAAUUCCAAACCACACACACACGCAAAAAAAAAAAAUCAAAAAAUUAACUUCAAAAUCCGUAAAUUCCCUUUAAAGAGAAAAACAGCCAAUCACAGGCUAGCUCGACUGAUUAAUCCCUCACAGCGAUAAGGUAUUGUGUUAUUAAGAAACUAGAUAUGUUUUCUAUCUUCCAUUGCAUUUAAUCUCCCAAGUUUUUUUUUUUUUUUUGGUUUUUUUGGUUCCCCUCUUUUCCUGAAGAGCGAAGACGACACUCUCAGAUGUGAAUGCUUUGAUGAAAUCAGACCUGUAUGAAGAAUUGCUGCCAUGUUAACAGGAUUAAUUAGCUGCUUUUGUGUCAGACAGUAGCGAGAUUAGCAGACGGGCUAAGAACAAAGAGCGGCCCGGGAGAUAACAAGCGUGACGAACGAAACGAUAACGAGGCAGAGAGCAAAGCCAGAUUUCCCCACCGUGUUUUCAGCUCUCUAAUGAAAAGCCGGUACAAAAACGGGCACAACAUUUUGACGAACUCCUCCAUUUAUGAACGAUCGUUUGCGACAGGAACUUCAGGUGAAUGCAAACUGCCGACAAGUGGCAUUCCAGUACAGUUUGACAGGGCCGUUUUUUUAAGGUAAAGAUGUGGUCCUACGCAAAAUUCGCCCGAUUUUCAUUCCUGUACGCCAGUGGUUAUUUUUUUUUGCAAACUGUAUGAAAAACAGGUACUGCGGUAUAUUACAAAGGACCAAGUAAUAAAUCAUCUUCACCAGACCAACAGCUUAAUUUUCCACCGGGCUUGAGCUUAAUGUACAGAACCCACGUGAAAUGGUGUCAAAUUCACGAUUGUCCUUUUGUUGGGGUUUUAUUCAUGUUUAUAUUUGAGCUGGAAUGAGUUUGGCAUAAUUGUAAAUAUGUGUAAUUUAACCCUUAAAAUUUUCACAGAAAAAAAAGAAAGAAGUAAAUCUCGUUUCUGCAUCAUUAUAAGAGAUAUCUGAAUCCAGUGUCCUAGCCGCUAGUCUCAAACUUAGAGCCCAAGACUGCAAUAAAAUACGAGUUCCUGUCCCUGAAAACAUUUUAAGCAAGAACUUUCUGUUAUUUAUCAACUUGCCAAAUACAAAAGAUGUCGCAAGCCGUUUUCUGCUUAUGUUUCUUUUUCGGUUUCCUUACGUCGAGUCCAAAGCAAAUGACGCUCUUAACGAUGUGCUACAGGGGAAUACUUUUAUAUUUGAAGUGUUUGUUUUAUAAAUUAUUGUAAAUGAAAGCUCUAGUAGAGUUUCUGUGGGCUGAGGGUUGGGAGAGAGAGAUGUGAACAUGUCUUUUGGUUUUAUGAAGUUAAGUCUUAAGCAUCUUAGAUAACAACUGUAAAUCAGUAAAUGUUCAUUGUACUGAC